AGUAUCAAAUUUGGUAUGUGCUUAAAUUAUUAUUUUCUAAGAUUUUUUUGUUCAGGAUCCCAAUGCAGUUUCCCGUCUGCUUGGCAUGGUUCCUACUUCCAUCUUGGAUAUUCUAGUUCUCUCCUGGUGACCAAUCAAUCAAUCACGGAGAAGGGAGAGUGUAUCUGGAACUCAGGGAGCCAGUAUGUUCUCCAGGGUAUGGAUGGAGGGGAGAAGUGUUGGAGGUGUUUGAGUAUCUACAGGAAACAUCAGAAUGUUCUCCAGUAUAAAGAAAGUGACUGUGAGUACAAGUCCCAGUUUGUAUAUCCUGAAGAGCUAUGUAUGCGAAUACCUGGAGAUGGUUCUAUGUUCUCCAUGUUCAGAAAGGAUGCUGCGGCUACACAGUGUCCGCUCAAGGGUCCAUUCAUGUUCUCUUAUGCUAAAGGAGGUACUGGACGCCCCUGUAGCUAUCCCAAGAGCUAUAUGGACACAUGUAAAGACCAUAACAGGUUGCAACUGCAUUACCAAGCUUGUACAGAUGUUCAGGGUUCAGAGAGUACAUCCGAACAGUUGAAGUGUAUAGCAAAUUGGAAUGAGGGUUCCAAAAGUUAUUUUGUCGGAGAACUUGAACAUGAACAUAGAAGGAAUGAGGAGAGACGGUAUAGAUGCUUUGUAUAUGAACAGCAUGGGAAGGCAGGGAACAGGACGGUUCGGAUGGCUCAGAGUAGUUCAGCAACUUGUGAGGGUCUCUGGUCCCCAGCAGAGGGAUACAGAGUCUUCGAUAUGGAGAGAGUUGGAGGCUCCGGGGAGAGAUGUUUGUUCCCGUCCUGGUUCUCCAGACACCAUUCUUGGUCUGCGCUGGACGGAACCUUAAACCUUCACGUCAACUCCGGAGAGAAGAGUUUUAAACUCCAAACCUUCCAGAACUACCUGGAACCCGGAGAAUCACAGUUUACCUGUCAGGACAUUAUUAAACAGGACAGGGAUACCGUCAAGGUGGUUCAUUAUGUUAAAAGUGAUUGUGACUCCGGGUAUGUUUGUGCAAUCAUCAGUAAGGUUGCCGAUAACGUGAUCUCAGUUCAGUUUGGAGAAAAAUCUCGAAAUCCAAGUGAAGCAUGUACAGACCUUUACUUCUUCAACCCUAGAUCAAAACUUCUCGUGUCCAGAACCCAUUCUGCUGGAGUGUGUCCUCUUAAUGGUAGAUAUUCUCUUGAGAGCCUAGAGGGAGCUGAUACCCCCCACCUUUUCACUAGAUGUAGUUCUUCAGAUACCUCCAUAAUCACGGCAGGUUGCGGUUCUCCUUUUCUCCGGGUGGAGACUAAAUGUUCCCAGUCCAACCUUAGCAAUGUAGAAUACAGAUGUCACGCCCACUGGACUGAGCCGGGCUUGACACGCCUUAUUCUCUCCGAUACAAACACGGAGAGAAUGUUAUGUCUGUCCUAUACCGAGAGACAGGGUCGAGUGAGUAUAUCCUCCUGUUCUCUUGAACCUGCCCAAAUGGUGCUCCAAGAGACAGGACCCUGUCUCCAGGCUCUCUCCUCCGUGUCUAGUUCUAACCUAUUAAACCCGAACCUUACCCUUGCUUUCUUUCUUUACAUCUCUAGCUUCAUCUUUUUUAAAUGCAUGGUCAUCUAGUCUCCAAACUAAAUUUAUAUUUUUUUCUUGUUUUUGUAAAUAUGUUUGUUACGUUUUUUUGUUAUUUUUGUACCGCUGUGAUUCCUACACCUUGGCUGUGAAUCUUUAUGAUUAAGGGGAGUUUGAUGGGUCUUCUCAAGGUUCUCAUUCAAACACAACAAAUUUAGAAUAAUCGGGGGUUUCAAAAAUCACGGUUUUAUGGGUUUAAAAACCAACCUAGUGAAUUAUUAUUAAUAUUGUAUCUUGAUAAUAUUGUGAUGAGCUUAAAUAUGAAUUAAAUGUUUAUUCAGUCCUGAGUACUGAUCACCCCCUUUACUGAUGUUUCUUAAAACUAAUAAUAAAUUCUAAACGAACCCUGA